UCUGGAUAUUUUCUUCCCUUGAUUUCUUGCUAUAUUUCCAAGGAAUUUUCCCAUACGCUACAAAGGAGAAACAAAAUAUUAGAGUGUGAGUGAGCGUGGGAGAGAGUUGAGGCAGUUUAUUACAAUGGCAAGGAAAAUGCUUAUUGAUGGGGAGUUGGACAAAGCCAAUGAGGCGGAGAGUCACUAUGACUUUGAUUUGUUUGUCAUCGGGGCAGGCAGUGGUGGGGUCCGUGCAUCGCGGUUUUCAGCCCAGAAUGGAGCUAAGGUAGCUAUCUGUGAGCUUCCAUUUCAUCCUAUCAGCUCUGAAGUUAUUGGAGGAGUUGGUGGAACGUGUGUGAUUCGUGGUUGUGUUCCUAAAAAGAUUUUGGUGUAUGGUGCUUCUUUUGGGCCUGAACUGGAGGAUGCACGGAAUUAUGGGUGGGAUGUGAAUGAGAAAAUUGAUUUCAAUUGGAAAAAACUUUUACAAAAGAAGACUGAAGAAAUAAAUAGACUUAAUGGGAUCUACAAGCGGUUACUUUCCGGUGCUGGAGUCAAGCUAUUUGAAGGAGAGGGAAGGGUUAUUGGCCCUAAUGAGGUUGAAGUUAUUCAAUUGGACGGAACAAAAAUCAGUUAUUCAGCAAAACAUAUUCUGAUUGCAACUGGAAGCCGGGCUCAGCGUCUACCUAUUCCAGGCCAGGAAUUAGGCAUCACAUCAGAUGAGGCAUUGAGCUUGGAAGAGCUACCUAAGCAUGCUGUCAUACUUGGUGGAGGGUAUAUUGCAGUUGAGUUUGCCUCAAUAUGGCGAGGAAUGGGUGCGAAAGUGGAUUUGUUUUAUAGAAAAGAUCUUCCUUUAAGAGGGUUUGAUGAUGAGAUGAGAGAAGUGGUUGCAAAAAAUCUGGAAGGCAGGGGUAUUAAGCUUCAUCCCAGUACAAACUUGAAGGAGUUGUCUAAAACAGAAGGCGGUGUAAAAGUUCUUACCGACCAUGGUGAAGAAAUUGUGGCUGAUGUUGUGCUGUUUGCCACUGGUAGGACUCCCAACUCAAAAAGGUUGAAUCUGGAAGCCGUAGGUGUUGAGCUCGAUAAGGCUGGAGCUAUAAAGGUUAAUCAGUACUCUCAAACCAACAUGCCUAGCAUAUGGGCAAUAGGUGAUGUUACAAACCGAAUGAAUCUUACCCCGGUAGCUCUAAUGGAAGGCACCUGCUUUGCAAACACUGUAUUUGGAGGAAAGCCAAUGGCACCCGAUUACAGUAAUAUUGCUUGUGCCGUGUUUUGCAUUCCGCCACUCUCUGUAGUUGGUCUCAGCGAGCAAGAGGCUGUAGAGAAAGCAAAGGGCGACAUUUUGAUUUUCACAUCUACGUUCAAUCCCAUGAAAAACACCAUUUCCGGACGUCAAGAGAAAACUAUGAUGAAGCUUGUUGUCGAUGCUGAGACGGAUAAAGUACUCGGAGCAUCCAUGUGUGGGCCAGACGCAGCUGAGAUCAUGCAGGGCAUUGCCAUUGCUUUAAAAUGUGGAGCUACCAAAGCACAAUUUGAGAGCACUGUUGGGAUUCACCCUUCCGCUGCCGAGGAAUUUGUGACAAUGCGGUCAGCGACGAGGCGAGUCUCGGCUGGCACUGCCAAGCCUAGGACCAAUCUGUGAGACUUGGAUCAUAGUUUAUCGUAUUUAGACACAAUAUUUGAUCAUACAACUGCAAAUGUUUAAUAAAGCUUGUUUGAUAGCUAGUUGAUAAAAGUAAUUUUACAGUGUGCGAUUGGGCUUCGUUUUUGCCCUUUAUUUAUUUUUUUAUAUGAAAUGGAUAACAUAUUAAUUUUUUAUUUUAAAA